AUGACGAAGUACCUACCAGGUGAAGAGUCCCGGGUGCUGGAUUCAGAUAUCCGGAGACUAGCCACUCGAAAGAACCUCACAUAUAUCAUAGACGGGUGGGAAGACCGUCUGGGCCGCAGUGUGUAUGGGUCAAUCGUCUCCGAAGUAGGGCACCAUCCUGUGAUCCUGGGGCUGGAGGACAUGACGGGCAGAAGAGCCAAUGCAGACGCCAUGCGAGAUGUCAGCCAGGUCUCACUGACAAAGAAAUCUGUCGAUAUCUCGCAGAUUCUCUGUGUCUGUACCGACAAUCCGACGACCAUGCGUGCAUUUCGUCGGAAGUGGGAGACGGCACAUCCACACCUCCUGACCAUUCCGUGCUUCAUGCAUGGUAUCAACACUAUUAUUGGCAAGGUUGUUGCCUAUCCUGCGAUGAAGCGUAUUGCGAGCCAGAAUGCACGAAUCGUGUCCUUCUUCAACAGCUCUCACUAUUGGGGGGGGCAAGUAGAUAUGCUGGCCCACGAAACGGGAGUCAAGAGGUCCAUGAAGACCAAUACCGAGUCCCGAUUCUAUGCAUUGGUUCUGCAAUGCAUGAGUACACGCGAUCAUCGUGAUGUCCUGAAGCGCAUUGCUAUCCGUGAUGAUGCCCAACGGUCCAUUCGAGGGCUUUCGCCUGUCAACAAGGAUGUCCUUGCGUUUAUCAUGGACUCCUCUCACUGGUUGCAGAACGAUCAGCUCAUUCGCAUCACCAGGCCACUAGUCGAUAUCAUCGGAAACAUUGAGGGCCGUGACGCGAAUCUUGCGGACUGUAUGCUCGAGUUGAUUUGGGCACACCGGGAGGUGAACCGUCGCCUAGCGUAUGAAGAGGGCGAUGACAUCGGCUUUCUCUCGCACACCCGCCGCACCCUCAACGAUCAGUUUCAUGCCAUGAACACGGACUUGCAUUGGUUUGCACUCUUCCUGCACCCAUUGUGCCGUCGUCUCGCUGUUUCCUCGGCUUCUCAUUCUCGCAACAUCACGGCCGCAGUCAGCAUUGCCUUGGGCAUUGCAUACAAGUGGAGGUGGACGAAGACGCAGACGCAGAAGCUCAUUACCGACAUCAAGAACUACGGCAUAGUGAAGGACUCUUUUGGCGGGGCGAAGGCCGAUGGAAAGGCCUGGUGGGAGGAGCUGGUGGUUGAUGCGAGAGAACACCCACUGAAAACUAUGGCCGUGCGUAUCUUGACCAUUGUCCCCCACGCCGCGGACGUUGAGCGACUAUUCUCGAGCCUCGGAGGAAUCCAGUCGGUCCGACGAUCACAACUCACCAUCCCCCACAUGGAGACUUUGGGAGCUCUCCGCAACUACUACAAUGCUGAACUACACGAUCUCACUGUCAAAAUGGGCAAGCAGACUCGCCGCAGACACGCCCAUAUGCACACGCGGGACGAGCCAGGAGUCGAUGCUGCCCGUGCUCAAGAACUUCUUGCCAGCUUCGUAUGGACA